AUGGCAUCAGAUUCAGAAAAGCAAAACACAACUGAAGAUCUUUUGCCACUUCGCUUGUACUACGCCGACACUCACUCUCACGAUUUCUCGAGUCGUUUGAUUCGCUGGAGUAGAAGACGAAGGUGGACUGAAACCCAAUUGCCGACCCAAUCGCCGACCAUCGCUGCAAGCCUGCAACUACGAGUCUUCAUCUUCAAGAAGUUCAAAUGCACAACAUACAAGGUGUUGGCAUCAAUGGCAAAGGACAUUCUAGCCAUUCCGUUAUUGGAAGAUGUGGAAAAAUAUGAGGAAGAAAUCAGUCGCAAUAUGGAAGAUACACGUGGACGGAAUUAGUAGUUGCUGUUUUUGAUGUUGGGAUGUUGCUGUUUUUGCUGUUUGUUGUUUGCUGUUGUUGUUUGUUGUUUUGCUUGUUGUUUGUUGUUUUUUGCUUGCUGCUGGUGCUGUUUUGCUGUUGCUGUUAGGCUGUUUGUUGUUUUUUGCUAGCUGUAGGUGUUGUUUUGCUUGCGGCUAAAAUAGGCGGGUACCCGGUUAUGCUCAUCCCUACCUGCAGGUUACAC